CACACAGAGCUUUAGUUCAAUUUUUGAAAGCACUUUGGUGAAAUCAUUACCGCAAACUUUAUGUUCCUGUUCUUGUAUAUCUAGUCAGUUAUCGCGAGGCUUUGACGGGCGAACAAGUGAUGCUCAAUAAGUUAAAUUCUAUCUGUGAAAUGGUUGAAAGGAUUUAAGAUUUUUUGAAGACGGUCGAUCAAUUACCCAGUGUACGUAAUUGUGAUGGAUAGUGUAAUUACCGAUUAUUGUGAAAUGAUUAAAUUAUCGAUCAAAGUUUUUAAAGCGAAAUCAUGCAAAAUGAUUCAUUAGAAAAUGUCGCUAGCAGUGCCGAAGAUGUGAUAAACGUUGAAGCAAAUAGUAAUGCCAUUGCAUCCUCCUUCGAUGAUAAUGUAGACGAUGAAGAAAUUCAUCUACCCACAGAUCCUACCGAAUGGAGUUCAGACAAUAUCAAAGCAUGGAUUUCAUGGGUGACCAAGGAGUUCAAAUUAGAACCGACGCCGGAUUGUAAUCGAUUUCCGUUGAAUGGAAGCGAAUUAGUUGAAUUUACGCGAGCUGAUUUUUGGGUUUGCGCCGGUUCUAAGUUGGGUGGUAAUACGUUAGCCAAACACUUAGCUUAUCUACAGUAUACGGCUACUGGACGAUGUACGAGCCCAUUGAAUAAUGAUAAUGAUCCAGAUCCAUAUCAACUUCUUAACGCGGCGUCGCAUCGAUUGGUUUCACAGGGGUCAGGACAAAUACAACUGUGGCAAUUUUUACUUGAACUGCUCGCUGAUUCGUCGAACGCAUCAUAUAUAACGUGGGAGGGGACAAAUGGAGAGUUCAAACUAAAUGAUCCUGAUGAGGUGGCACGAAGAUGGGGCGAACGAAAAGCCAAACCAAAUAUGAAUUAUGAUAAGCUAAGCAGAGCGCUAAGAUACUACUACGACAAAAACAUCAUGACGAAAGUGCACGGAAAGAGAUAUGCAUACAAAUUCGAUUUUCAUGGAUUAAUGGCAGCGUGCCAGCAACAGGCACAAGGCGAUCCAACCGCAAAUAUGCUCUCGGCAGCUAACUAUAAAUACCAUCAGCAUCAUCAUCAAUACCAUCCUCAACAGUCCGAUAUUCCAACCACAAUAUCCAGUACAUACGGUCCAACCGCUUCUUCAUCAUCAUCGGCGUCGUCAUCCCAUCCGAUUGUAAAACCUGCACCCAACCCACCAACUUUAUUCGCUCCAUCACCCUACUGGCCGUACUCACCGCCGUCUUUCGAUCCACGACAAUCUAAUUCCUAUAAUUAGCUGUAAUAAUGAAGAUGAAAAAAUAGGGUUGCAUUCCCGCUGUGCAAAUGAAUGUGAACAUCUCUGAAAUGACCGGUUUUAAGUACUUAGAUUUUAUUGUAUAAACCGACGGACAGAAGGUAAUAAUAUUUCGUAACAUUAAAUUUAUUAGAGGCAAUUAAUAUUAUGACCUGGCUAAGUGAGUGGCGAUCGUUAAAUGACCCGUGUCCUUUGUGUAAGAAUGUGUGAAAAUACAAGUGGAGAAUAACCCAUGAGAAACAAUAAAUUGAACAAUUGGUGUGCUAAUUAAAUCGCCAUGUAAUAGUUAAAGCUGUUAGAUCUCCGUUAAGCAUAUCUUCGAAUGUGUUGAUACAAAAUCUUGUACUUCAUUAGUUUCAACGCACAGAAAAGAACACUUGCAGAGCUCAUUGCUCAGUUUUGUCGUUGUUGUCGAUAACAAAAAUUAGGGAAAGCAUAUAGUACAAAGAUGUUAAGUAAAUGGAUGGUAUAAUACUGUUUUAUAGUCUUAUGUCUACAUACAUACCUACAUACCCACUCUUGAAUGAUCUUUGGUUGCUGGUUUAGUUUGUAUAAAUUCCUAUUAAAUGAAUAGAUAACUGGUAAGUUCCUUUUUAAAUUGUUAUAUUUUUAUGGAGUUCGUCUAAGCUACACCUAGUAUACGUUACGUUUAAGUGUGAACACAAAUCGGAUCGAUAUGAUCUCAAAUUUGUUUUACUCUAAGUAGCAAAAGUGAAACGAUAAAAGUGUAAAUUAGUUUUUAAGAGAUCAUUUUGAUUGUUUUCUAAAAUUAUAAGGAAAUAAAAGAAUCUUUGAUUUA